AUGUCUCUCAACGGCUCCUUGUGGGAUGAUGUUCAGAGUGCCAGCGCCAUCCCAUUAACCGGCAAUCUGGUGGCCGCAGCAGGCUCCGCAGCGCUCUCCGUCUGUCUGAAUCCUUGGACCGACUCGGACAUCAAGACUCAACUCGAGUCGAUACACGUCAUGCUUGGCCAACUCACGGAGGAUCAGAAAAAACACAUUGAAGAGGCGCGCCACGCUUCCGAUUGCACGUUAGAGGAGCUUGAAGCCCGUUUGCUCGAAGCGUUGAAGAAGUAUGUCCGUCGCGAGUCCGAACGGCAGUCCACGUCGUUGCCGCAGAAGAUCCUGUACCCUUUUGCGCGGGCCAACCAGGAAACGAGGGGACAGCUACACGGCGAUCUACAGCAGCUACACAAGGACGUUCUCUCCACGUUCACGAAGCACAAGGGGGCUCAAGAGAAAGCGCAAACGCAGGGAUCCCUGGCAUCGUCCUCCAACAAUGGAAUUGUCACGAUUUAG